AAGAAGAAAAAGUUUAGUUGUCCGCUGACAGUUGACAAGAGUGAACUGUGCAAAUUGUGAAUAAAACGCAACGUUGAUAAUUAUUUAAAAUGCCGAAAAAAUUAAAAGUUGUUGUGAAAUCGCUCUACUCCCAUGAGAUCCGCAAAGAUGUUAGCCUCGAUAAUUUAAAGUCUCUCAAGUUAGAAGAUGCUUGGCCUUUUAUUAGGGACGAAAUUGAGAUCGAAAUCGGCAGCAGUCAGUUGGUGUGUAUUCCUCACAUAACUGAAGCAGAUUUGUAUAAAGUAACGUCGUUAUUCGUUCCAAAUGAAAAGGAAACGAACGGUAAAAUGUUUACACCACUCGGUGAGCUGGUCAAGAAUGUAAAUAAAGAGAAAUCCAAUGCCGAAUACGUGCAAUGGUUGGAGGAAGGUGACUUUCAUGAUGCAGAUUUCAAGUUUCCCCAUGAAAGCGUAAAGAUCACACUGCAAGAUGAAUCUAUCAAGAACAAAGUCAGAGUGAUCAUGGUCAACUUCUCGAAAACCACCGUACCAAAAGGAAAGGAUUUAGUCAACAAUAUCUACUUAGAUGUAGAAAACAACAAAGAUCUGAAAGGCAAGAAGUCAGUAUACAUGAUCACAAAUGUGCUGAUGGCGAAAACUAUAGAAUUCAGAGUGACCCGUGGCACAUCAUCUAGAAUAUUCCACCUUGGAACAGCUUCACCUCUCGUCUUUGGCUUAGAAGAAUUCCUCAUUGGAGACGAUGGAAAACUUAUUGCUAAGGAACCUGUAGCAAUCAAGUCGAAGUCGCUUCAUUGGCAAAAGGUGGACCCAUCCGACCAUCUGUACAUCCCUGGCAAGCAGGCCACCGCAUGCAAAGUAUAGAUCAAUCGCUGCACAUGGAGCACGCUUGGACCCAUGCAUGUUGCUAAGCACUAGAAUGUAUAUGUAUGGCUGUAUGACAGUUACCUUGGCCUAGAGAAGGCUGAAAUUUCAAGGUUAUGUCAUAGCGCAUCAAAAUCGAUACAAUUAACAUCUAUGUAUUGUCUGUGUUAGUUUUUUUUAAUAAGGGGCACCUUUGAACUGAUUUAAGUAGGCUUUAUUUCGGCACGUUUUGUGUAGAUGAUUAAAUAGGUAUACAUGUGUUAGAGCUAUUAAAAUAAAAGCACUGAUUUCUUAUAAUUUAUAUUUUGGUAAAAUAUAAAAACUAAUUUUAUAUGUAAUAGGCCUAUGAUAACAAUCUGAUCAUUUAUAUUUGUUUCAAAACGGAAAAGAUAAAGGCACUUUUCAUGGUCAACUUUAAUUAUGUUUUUGAUAGUAUGUGACGUUGAAUUUUAAUCUACUUAAUUAGAAUUAAGAUUAUAAUAAUUUGUGUGUGUUUACUUAGUUAUUAAUGCAUUGUAAUAAGAUAUGAGGGUAAAGCGAGAAAAUUAAAAUUUUCCUCAUUUUUAGAAGUUUUGUGUAUGGGCCCCUAUUAGACAAACAAAUUAAUUUAUCGGCUAUUUAGGUCGCAAGUUAAUAUGGCUUAGCCAUGACUUUAGAUGUAAUUGACCCCCGAAUACUCAAACGCCACUCAGGCCGGUUAGGUCUAGGUAUAGGUCUGUGAUUGGCUGAACAAAAUACUAUAUCAAUCAAUCAUAGAGCUUAACAUUUUGUAACGGUUAAUCAAGAACAAAUGUCAGAGACCAACUCGGGUGUUCAAAUUGAGUGGCGUUUAAGAAUUCGGUCCUAGCUUACAAGACAAAUCUUUUUUCUGUAGAUUAAACAUUCGUUUAUUAAUUUAGUAAGUGGAAAAUAGAAAACACCUUAAUAUUUGUGUGUAGUAUUGAUACUAGUAUUAAUACAUUCCAAAGUAUUUGUGGUUAUUAAAAUUGUGUGAUUGCUAAUAAUUCACCAACCAUAUUGCUAUUCAUGCAAAAGUAUCAUGAAUUCAUGAUACAAACGAGCUGUGAGCUUAGUCUGGAACACAGUUUUAAAAACUUUUAAAGCCUUUGUAUGCUAGGCAACUAAAGUCUAAUCUACCCGACGACUUUGCCUAAGCGACUACUUUACAAGCUCAUAGAGAUUCGUAUCGUAGGCACUCGUCGCUGGAGUCUAAAAUCGUUGUCUCGUAUACAAAGGAUUGUACUUUAUUUGUGGUUAUAAUAUACUAUAUGCUAGUGAUAACGCAUGCAAAAAUGCACCUUAUAAGCUGGACAUAAAUUAUGUUAAAACAGAUAUGGUCGUCUAUACUAUGUAUCUAUGCACUAAACAGUCUGUGAUUAUGUUUGAACCAGUAUUGUACACUUUAAGUAUUUUUACUUAUGUUUGACAGAUUGUACUUGUAAAUAAGUACCCGCAAUGUGAUGUAUGUUAUGAUUGAACCAUAAUUUUCUGUCGGAUUUUAUCGAAUAAAUCGUGUCUUAAAAUUA